CCGUUCCCUCUCACUCGUAACGACCCUGACGGGCCCCAGGGCUCCUGUCAGUGCCCAAACCCCGCUCACCUGCAGCUGCAGGGCGGAACCCGGACUCGCCGAGAGCCGCAAGAAAAGGAGGCGGCACAGGCGGGGCGGGGACGCGCAGCCCCAGCGGCCGCCCCAGCGCCGCCCCCGCCCCGCCGGACCCGCCGCGUCCCGGGCCCGGGCCGGGGCCGCCGCACGGAACAGGAAGUGUCGCCGGGAGCCGGGAAAGGCUCGGCGGGGCCGAGCGGAGCCCGAGCCCAGCGAGGCCCCUCCCCGAGCGGCCGGCAGAGAACGAUGGGGACGGCCGGGCUGCUGUGGGCCCUGCUGGGGGCCCUGCUGCUCCCUCCGGUGGCGGCGGAUGAGGGGAUCCUGCACGCCUCCGGGAGCGGGCUGCCCCCAGUGACAAAGGAUUACUGCAUCAUUUACAAUUCUAAGUGGACAUCUCUUCCAAAAAGCCUGGACAAUGCUACUUUCAGGACUCUGGAAAACCUGACUUCCACAGUCCUCUGCAGUUCAUCUGAAGUUCCUUCUGGCAUAAUGAAGGACAAAGCAGUUGUAGUGAUGAGAGGAAACUGCACCUUUUUGGAGAAAGCAAGAAUUGCACAAAGUUUGGGUGCUAAGAUGCUGUUGAUUGCCAGUAAAUCCGGGCUGUCUGCUAUUUCAGACAACAAGACUGAUUUUGAAGAUGUGACUCUUCCAGUUGCUCUUAUAAGAUACAAUGACAUAGUAGAUAUGCAGCUGACACUUGGAAAUGAAGUUAAUGUGACUCUGUAUUCACCACCUUUGCCAGAGUUUGAUUACAGCAUGGUUGUCAUCUUCCUAGUUGCUGUGUCUACAGUGGCACUGGGAGGCUACUGGAGCGGAGUAGCGGAACUGGAGAAUCUGAAAGCAAUAGCAAGUCCAGGGGAGAGAGAAACCAGACGGAAGAAGGAGGAAAAUGUUACCUUCACCCCUGUAACAGUUAUCUUGUUUGUUGCCAUCUGUUGUGUCAUGCUGGUCUUACUUUAUUUCUUCUACAAGUGGUUAGUAUAUGUUAUAAUAUCAGUCUUCUGCUUGGCCUCUGCGAUGAGUCUGUACAACUGUCUGGCAGCGUUAGUAGGAGAAAUCCCAUUUGGGCAGUGCAGGAUUACAUGUUGUAACAAAACCAUUGAAGUGAGGCUUAUUUUUCUUGCUGUGUUCUGCACAGCAGCAGCUGUUGUCUGGGCAGUGUUUCGAAAUGAAGACAGGUGGGCUUGGAUUUUGCAAGAUAUUUUGGGAGUUGCCUUCUGCCUAAACUUCAUUAAAACACUGAAAAUGCCCAACUUUAAGUCCUGUGUAAUACUUCUAGGCCUUCUCCUUCUAUAUGAUGUGUUUUUUGUCUUCAUAACACCAUUUAUCACGAAGAAUGGGGCAAGUAUAAUGGUUGAAGUUGCAGCUGGUCCCUUUGGAAACAGUGAAAAGAGUGAUGGAAACUUGGUGGAAGUCCCUACUGAACGCUCAGCUCCCCAUGAGAAAUUACCUGUGGUUAUUAGAGUACCUAGACUUGAACACUCUGCAUCGACACUGUGUGACUUGCCAUUUUCAUUGCUGGGUUUUGGAGAUAUUAUUGUCCCAGGGCUUCUGGUUGCCUAUUGUCGAAGAUUUGAUGUUCAAACAAGUUCAUCUUCUGUAUACUACAUUUCCUGCACAAUAGCUUAUGCUGUUGGUAUGGUGCUGACUUUUGUUGUUCUGGCACUAAUGAAGAUGGGACAACCUGCCCUUCUCUAUCUUGUACCAUGUACACUCAUCACCAGCUCGCUUGUUGCCUGGAGGCGCAAAGAGAUGAAGAAGUUUUGGAAAGGAAGCAGUUACCAGGUAUCGGACUCGUCCAGGACGCCUUUGCUACAAGAUGAUGGAACACCUGGAUUACACAGGAAAUGAAGAAAGCACAGCAUCGGCCCCUGAACAGCCUGGAGGACAAUAACAUAUGGAAUCCUGAUUCAAAAUGGCAUUUGAAUUUUCAACAACUGAAUUACACUAAAUUUGGUGAAAUUUUACAAUGGAGUGUUUCCCACUCUGUGUAAAAGGGUUUUUUAUUUCUGCACCUAUAUUUUUAUGGAAAAUAUUGUUAACGACAUAAAAGUAAUCAAAAUAGACUUGCAUUUUUACAGCCAAACCAUAGCUAGUAAAACUGUGCCUUAUUUCAAUUUAAAUAAAAGGAUAUUUUCUAUGCAAUUUUCCAACUGUGUUUCUAUACAGUAUAUUUUUGUACAAGUUGCUUGCCCAUAUUGGUUUGAUGCCUGAACAGUUUUUUUAAAACUUUGAUUGAUUAGUCAAGUUUCUUUAAAAGAAAACACGCUACCUUUCCUAGGAUUUCCUUCCAGAUUUUGAAUGCAAUGUUGGAUUGUAAUGCAGCUAUAGCAACUGAAGAAUGAAAGUAUAGUUCCAUUACUACAAGUAAUUCAGUAAACAGUGUGUGUGUGUCUAUGUACGUUGUAAGCCAUAAAUCAAUAACAGGGCAAAUUUAGCGUGGGGUUGUGAGCUCUUCCUCCCUCCCUCCCCGUUGUAUCACUGGCUUAUGCCUUAACUGUGAAAAUUGCUAAGCUUGGGUGCAAGUCUUUGGAUUGUAUACAUCACCAAACAUUUAAAAAAAAAAAUAAAAGGGGGGGAAAAAAGGUACUUACACAAUGAUCCUGAAAACUUCUGUGCAGCUGGAAUAGUUGACAAACAAGAUGGUGCAAAAGGCAAGAGGUUUUUUGCUCAAUAAAUGCUUUUUUGGGGCAUGGUGUGAAGUGUUAACUCUGGCCUGGUUCUUCUACUGGUUAAGAGUAGAUCUGUACUAGGUCUGUAUUUGUGGUCUUCAUUUGGCUGUGGAUCAAUUCAAAGGGAUGGGGGAAAACAGGACAGAAUGUUUUUGUUUUUUUUUUUACCUUUUGCAUCUGCACCAUACUUUUUUAACUGUUUUUGAAAAUUCUUUGCAAUUGAUAGACAAAACACGUUUGAAUAGUGCUAGUAGUGCCUGUGUUAGUUAAAGCCAAUGCAUGUGUUUAACUUGUUUAAUGUUAAUUUGUUUUAGCUCUUAAAGACUUGGAAAAGGAUAAAUAGUUUAAACCAUUAUUUGCAUUCAGAAGAGUUUGAGUUUGUUUGACACUUGUUCUUUUUUCAGGAAACUGCAAAUUGAGGGGGAUUAGGCAUAAAAAAUUUGUAUAGCUGUAAUGCUAACACCUCACACCAAAGAAAACUGGAGAAGGCAACAACGGGAGACCAUUGAGUUCACUUAAUGCUAAUGUCAGGUAGUUGUUAAAGCAUUUUUCCUAUUCUUUGAAUGAAUGUCAUUCCUAUAGCCAGCAUAAGUUCAAGAACCCUGGGAAAACAACCCAGUAAGCACAUGCUGGGCAGGGGCAGUGAAGACUUUUCCUGCAGUGCCUCAUGCGAGUGCCUCCCUGUUUGUCUGAAGGUCACCUCUGGACAUAAGAUAUUAGGAAGAGAUUCUUUACAGAGAGGGUAAUCAGACAUUGGACUGGGCUUACCAGGGAAGUGGUGGAUUCUCUGUUCCUGGAGGUUUUUAAGAUGAGACUGGAUGUGUCACUUAGUGCCAUGGUCUAGUAACCACGGCGGUGGUGGAUCAAGGGUUGGACUUGAUCUCCGAGGUCCCUUCCAACCCAGCUGACUCUAUGAUUCACAGUUAGUUUGGGGCGUGUCAGCUCAGGAAAACUUACCCAGAUUAAAUCUGGCUUAGCUAGAUUUACUGUGACAGUAUGCUAAUUAAGGCAAUUAUAAAUCUAUAUCGGCAGUUAACAAAGACUUACUGCAAAUUCAUUCGCAGCUUUAUGUGAUUUAUAUCAAGUUUAAACUUUUGUUUGCAAGAGGGAGGAGCAGCCAGACUGACAGUCUGGAUGUCAGUUGUUUCCAUUCGGGCGGACUGACCGUGGUGCCGGUUGAUACGGGUAAGAUAAACACCUUGUUUGCAACUUCCCUAAGGAAACAGGAUUUACAAGCAGGUUUUGUAUGUUAGCAGUUCCCCUCCUUGACUUGAGCUUGAACUGACAGCCUCAGAAUGCAAUGGUCAUCUUCAGUUUUUAUUUGACUGGCAUUUCGUAAAUUACAGCAUACCUCAGUGUUCCAAUAGCAGACUGAAAAUGUGUCUUCUGAUGUGUUGUCGUGCUCUUUGACAAGCCCAGUAUCUGCAAAAGUUCAGUGAUUUUGAAGAAGUUUCUGAAAAUUUCUGAAGCAGAUAAAGAAGUCAUAACUCAUUCCAAGUCAUGCGGCCUUCAGAAACUUCACAAACCUAUGUUAUAUGACUUCUUUGUCUCUUUUGAAAUUUUCUGCAUUGAGAAUUUACUAAAUUUUCAACUAUAAAUGAUAAUGAAAUUAGUAUAAAGACCUUUGGCAAUGUAAGUGUAUUCAGCAGCUGGCUGUGGAACCUGUGUCUUGUUCUGUGCCUAAUAAUGCUCCAUGCCUGAUCAUGCCUGAGGUUUCACACACGUGCUGCAGUUUAAUGGGGUGUAAACUAACUUUUUCCUUUCAAAUGCUUAGGUGCUUUGUUUACAAAAAUUAAGAAUGGAGUUUAAAAUUUUAUAUAAAUAGUAGGUUAGUAUUGACUACUGAAAUGAGGUUUUAUAAGUUCAACAGAACUGAUUGCAACACUUCUAGCAAUUCUGAAUGUUUUUAAUAUUAAAUUUGGUUGAGCUAAACACUGUUAAAAGCCUUGUUAGUCAUACUUCAGUAGAAAAAUCUUACUGCCUUUUCAUUGUAUGUUUACUGACAACAGCCCCCUUCCUUAUGACUCUUAAGUUAUCACCUUAAGAAUGUUAUUAAUAAAUGUUAC